AGAGAGGCGAGCCGGCGGUGCGUUAAUGGGUCCGCCCAGCUGCGACACUGUGCCGGGCGUUGCGCCAUCCGAGCACCCCGCUUUAGGAAUCGCGCGUCCAAAAUAGAAGCAGCUCUUUUUGGAAAUGAUUAAUUGAAUUGUGCUCUCUGCAGGACCGUGGUCUCUUAUUUUAAAUACGUUGUAGGACGAUAAUUGGGGGAUCUUCACUCGACGACGCGUAAUACAAAAAGUGGGUUAGAAAUGUCAACAUUGAAAGCGUACAACAAAACGUCGUUUCAUUUGUAUGUUUAUGUCAUUGGUCUUAGAACUCGAGAAGAUGAUCAUUACCAAUGAUCACGGUAAUCAGUCAUAAAGUUUUUGAUGCCUUAUUAGGAUGGACAAUUCAGGUAUCCAAGUUAUGUUUUAUGUGUACAUCAUGAACAGCUAUCAAACGCCUUCAUGCUACAGGCAAGUAAUUGCUUCGUGAUGAGAAAUAAUCACAAGACUAACCGUUUAAAAUAACCUAAAAUACACGGCGACUGCUCAGAUGAACUGUGCUAAGUACAUAAUAACUAACAGCGAUUUCCGUUUGCAAAGAAGUUUCCUGCCUGGUCAUUAGUUUCAAAGGGUCACUGUGGUCAAACAGUCCUGGCGGUCUUUCCAAAACUGGCCAGGCAUGUACUAUUUAAAACUGCAAACCUUUAAGGAAACAAGUGUGCACUUUACACCAUACACAAUGUAAGACAGAGUUUGUAUGACUCUGUACAGUAUAUUGUAUAAUAUACUGUAGCAAAACCGAAUGAACGUGUACAGUAUAUAAACCUAUAAGGGCAUAAAACAUUUCUUUAUCUUAACCCAUCUGAAUGCUGGGAAACAGUUAUUUUAUUUCAAUAUUACUUUGCAUUGUGAUGUUUAAACCUAAUUGUGUGUACGGAUGUGAACAUUAUUGGGCUCAGGGGGAAAAAAAAAACACUGAGCUGAAUUAAAGGGAGGGCUUAAAACAAAGGUGAAUUGCCGAAAACUCAUGCGAUACACGGACUCAAAGUAAAAACCCAUAAAAUACCGGAGCUGUAAACAAGACGCACUUUUCUGCGCUCCAGGCCGUUGAAAGUCCCGUCGCAGCCCGGUGUCAAGAGUCCCACCUGUUGCGAGUGCAGAGCAGGGGCGGAGACAGUGACUGUGCGGAGGUGUACCACAGUCUCGGCUUCGUGGUUGGCUGCUGUAGGAGGGCCUCGACAUAUAUAUUGUAACUUACAAUAUGAUGAAGUCAGAGCCACUCCGAAAAGAUCUGAUGCGCAAGGAGAGAGACUGUCAAUCACCAAAAAAAAACACAACAAAACCGUCUUUUCUUCAAGACAAAAAAAAGGGAAUAAUCUUUUGUUCGUAUUCUCCCUGCCUCUCCCUGACUGCACACUAUGAACCCUACAGGAAGUCUCCACAUCGCCUCCCCUCUGAGGGACAGUGUCCCCCUGACCAAAGUGGCUGGGACUGCCGUGUACCUCAAACUGGACACUGCCCAGCCCACGGGCUCCUUCAAAAUCCGAGGCAUCGGACAUCUCUGCAAAACAUGGGCAGAACGGGGUUGUCAACAAUUUGUCUGCUCCUCAGGGGGCAACGCUGGAAUGGCCGCGGCCUACUCUGCUCGGAAGCUGGGGGUCCCCGCGACCAUCCUGGUGCCCACAAGCACACCCCCCUUCACAAUCCAGAGGCUGAAGGAUGAGGGGGCCUCCGUCACAGUGGUGGGGGAGAUGCUGGACGAGACCAUCGAGCAGGCAGUGAAGCUGGCAGAGAACAACCCUGGCUGUGUCUAUAUCCCGCCCUUCGACAACCCGCUGAUCUGGGAGGGCCACAUGUCCCUCGUGGCGGAGCUGAAGGAGGCGAUGGAGCGCCGCCCUGGGGCCAUCGUGCUCUCCGUGGGCGGGGGCGGCCUGCUGUGCGGGGUGGUGCGCGGACUGCGGCACGUGGGCUGGGCGGACGUGCCCAUCAUCGCCAUGGAAACCAGGGGGGCGCACAGCCUUCAUGCUGCCGUGCAGGCGGGCGAGCUGGUGACGCUGCCCGAGAUCACCAGUGUGGCCAAGACUCUCGGAGCCAAGCGCGUGGCCGCGGAGACGCUCAGGCUGGUGUCGGAGCACCCUGUGUUCUCCGAGGUGGUGACGGACCGAGAGGCAGUGGUAGCCAUUGAGCGUUUUGUGGACGACGAGAAGAUCCUUGUGGAGCCGGCCUGCGGCGCCGCCCUGGCGGCCGUCUACAACAACGUCAUCGGCAAACUGCAAGAGGAAGGCAAGCUCUGCCGUGACCUGGGCCCCGUGGUGGUCAUCGUCUGCGGGGGGAACAACAUUACCCUGGGGCAGCUGCAAAGGCUGAAGGAGCAGCUGGGCAUCCCCAACCUGACCGCGGCCUAAUUCCCUCCCCACACCACUGCCACCUGCGGCCAGGGCAGGAAAGAAGAACUGCCGUCGGUACAGAGCCCUGAGCUGACAGCAGUGAAAGAUGAGGAAAGGUGUCCGGAAAGAAAAACUGGAAAAAUUCAAGCUUGGGGCCAAGUUAGUCCAGAUUCGUGUGUUCGUCUGGAUUGGACCAUGCUGGAUGUGCAGCCAAACAUUAGACUGACAUGAUUUCUUUGUACAUUUUCACCGAUGCCGUCAUUACCAAGACCAUGCAGUCCUUGCGCCUUGGUAACGUUUACCUCUGAUUUUAAAUGUUAAGGCAUCAGAGUUAUAGAUUUAGUUGGAUCUGAAUUCCUUUUAAUUUUAUACAGCUUAUUAUGUGUUUUAUUAUACUUUGAUGAUGCAAACAUUGUACUUGACAUUUUUGUACAAUCUUGCUUUGUUAAAUAUUGUUUUUGAAAACUGUGCGAAUGGUGUAUUACACUCCCCUACUCAUAAGUAAUUGAAUAUUUAAGAAAUAAAAACAUGAGAAUCUAAUAAUUAAAAAAUCCUCCAAAGUCAAUAAGAAGAUUUUUUUUCUAAAAAAAGCUACAGGUAUUGGAUACACGAGACAUUACUGACAAUACAAUGCAGGAAUAUUCUAUUAUAUAUAAUUCUGUGUGACGAUCACUUGAGAUCCACCCUGCUUGAUUAGAUUGCCCAAAAAUAUGUGAAAAAUGAUGCAAGAACAGAGAAAUUAAGUGACCAGACAUACUGUAGCUUUAUGUUCUGCUAGACUAUGUAGUGAACAAGGUGAGGGUCAAACAUUAGGAACACAGCUAUCAAGGCCUGGGUCUCAUUUGUUUUAUAACUUAAAGGACAAAACUAAAAACAAAACUUCAAUGAUUUAAACUGUGAGGAAGCUGCCAAAACAAUUAAACUUGCCACAGGAAGAGGUGAUAAAAGAAAUCGUUGGUUCCCAAAGGGUCAGUUGUAGGAUUAGCAAGACACCAAGAACACCUCCCAGGAAAGAAUGUUUUUCUAGUUUACAACACUUGACAACAAAAUCAGCUUGUUAUAGAAGGCAGAGCAUUUGCAGACAUAACAGAAAUCACCACUGGCUGUUUCACAUCAGUAUUGCACCCCUGAAGAAGCACAGUGAGAGAUUACAAUGAGGAUGUAUUAUUAGCGGAUUACUGCAUUAUGCUUUAAAUUUUGCAAUGCACAUCAUACUUAACUGUUAAACACCACAGCUUAAGUUUGUUUACCAAUUAAUUUAAAACUUUCUGUGGGCUGAUCAUUUAUUUGUCAUUGUAAUUAAAGCUUCUGCCUACAA